AUGAUCGCUGAUCAAGAUGAUGAUCGUAGAGAGAGAAAAACAGACAUUCUACUGAUUGAUAAAUUCUUCGAUGAACCAAUGAUGAAACUUUUAGAUAUUAUAUCAUCUCACAAAAAUUUAUUUUUGGUAGUUCUUUUAUUAUCAUGUUUAAAUUUAGUUUUUGCUCAACCAACCAUUUCCGAUAUGAAACAAGAUGGAACUAGCAUUAUCAUUACUGGAACAGGAUUCGGAACUGAUCCAUCGAUCAUUGUUUUAAAAUCAAAUAUCGACGUCACCAAUAUUGUCAUUUUGGUGCCCAAUACACAAUUAAAUGUUUCAAUGCCAACCUAUGGUCAAGAUUUCCAAUUCACUGUCAUUGUCGGCGGUGCCGCAUCUAACCAGUUUUUAUUGUAUUUGAACCCCGUUAUCUCAUCGUGUACCAUACCUCCUACCACUGGAGGACCCAUCACCCUGUCAGGUUACUUUUUCAGACCCACCCUCAGUCCACAAGUCCUUUUAAAAGGUGUCGUAGUACCAGUGACUGCUGUUACCACCGGAUCAGAUACCGUUCUUGCUACCAUGACAGUGUCCGCUCCAGCCGGAACCGGAUUAAUGCCAGUGAUUGCCAAAACGGUAGCUGGCUAUGCUUCUGCUCCUUACCAGUUGUGGUACCAGGCUCCAAUCAUCACCAACACAGCCACAGGUACAAACGUGGUCCUUUUUACGGGUACAAGCUUUGGUGUCAAUGUUGACAAGGUUCGCUUAGUUGCACCCACCUUUCCACUUGGAACCAAUACCUCUAUUGCUCCCGAUACGACAUCAUCAACUCCCCUCACUCAAACCUCUGCCGUCUUUAAAUGGACCAAUAUCAAUGUUUUGAAUGGACCAGCUCAAUUAUCGAUCGACGGUCAAUUAUCACCUCCAUAUAGUCUCUCCUUUGUUCCAAACAUCCUUUCAAUGAGUGUAGUUAAUACUCUUGGUGGUUCCAGCAUCACCAUCACAGGUAAUUCCAUAUAUCCAUUCAACAGCCAAGGCAACCAACUCUCAGCGUCGGUCACCAUUGGCGGAAUCGAUUGUCCCAUUCUUUCUUCAUCUCUGGACGCUUCCUUUUCCUAUCUCAUUUGUCGUGCUCCUCCUGGAUAUGGAGCCACAAAUGCUGUUGUCAACAUCAAUGGUUUAGGCAGUACCAAUUUUUACUAUGUCUUGGGUGCUCCAGUGAUCAAUUCGGUCAUCCAAAGCAACACUGAUUUUGGUAUCACCAUCCAAGGUCUCAAUUUUGGUUCCGACAAGAAUGUGGUCACCAUGACCGUUAGCACCUAUUCCCCCACCAUCACUUUCAUUAAUGAUACUACCAUCAUCGCCACUCUAUCUGCACUCACCUCUAAUGGAUUUAUCGCAAUUAGUGUAGAUGGGCUUUCAGCCACCCCAUUCCCAGUCCAUUUCAAACCAGCCAUUACCUCUGUACCUAUUGUCCCAGUAGCUGGUAGUCCAAUUACUAUCACUGGAAGAUACCUUUCAAUGCUUCGUGCCAAUGGAACCUCCACUACCAUGUCGGUUUUAUUCAACAACAAGCCAGCUUCGGUCAGUUCUUCUACUGCCAACUUUGUUGCCUCCUUUUUAAUUGUUUCGGCACCUGCAGGUGUUGGUGCUAACCUCCCAUUGACAGUCACGUCCGAUGGACUCAUAUCCGAUACUUUCAUCUUUAGUUAUGCUGCUCCAGCCCUCACAUCUGUUACCCAAGGCUCAGGUUCUACCAUUUCCGUCAUGGGUACCAAUUUUGGCAGUGAUUUGUCAGUCAUCACGGUAGUUGCCAAUGGUCAAGAAUAUGUUCCAGCUUCAUUAGUCAGCGGUGGAUUAACUUUUAGUGCUCCUGCAGACCUCAAGAAUGGAGUUGUCAGUGUUCGUGUUGGUAAUCAAAUGGCUCCAACAAACCUUAGAUUUUCCUUGAACCCGGUACUCACUGGCGUCUCGAUUCUUUCAUUACUUGGUGUAACGUUGGGUGGCGCUCCAUGUACCAACCCGGUUGCCACUGGAGCCACGUUAACUUGUCAAUAUCCAGGUGGUCUUGGUGGCAUUAUGGUCACUUUGUCUGUUUCUAUUGAAUAUAAACCAAAGACAAUGUAUGUCAAUUUCCCACGCCCAACCAUUACCUCAUCGUCUUUGACUCAAAAUACAACCGAUGCAACUGUUACUGUUGUUGGCAAGAAUUUUGGUAACACUCUAUCAAUGGUAUCUGUAGCAUUAACAAAUAUUGUUCUUCAAUCUGUCACCGAUACCACCAUCAUCUUUACUGUUCCACCUGCAGUCACCAAUGGUCCAAUCGCCGUUACCGUGUUUGGACAAGUGUCAGGCUCUGUUCAAUUUGUCGUCACUCCACGUAUCGCUGCUAUUUCUGGUGCACAAACCCAAGGAUCCAUUACAACAUUGCUUGGUAACUACUUUACACCACUUAGAGCCAACCAAAGUCCUACAGUUACUUCUAUCCAAAUUGACGGUGGUGCUCCAAUCACAUCACAAAUUUCAAUGCAAGGUACUACAUUAACAUUCCCACUGCCAGCUGGUACUGGAGCAAAUCAUACAUUGAAAUUAACCAUCGAUGGUCAAAGUGCUACCUUUGUAUUCUCGUAUCCAAUCCCAGUCAUCACUUCAAUCGUUCAAUCAUCGGUUGCCAAUCACUACACCCAAACAAUCUCUAUCAUUGAUCAAGUAGUUGUCAGUGACUCUUUAAUCACUGCAAAUCUACCAAAGUUUGUCCUCAAUGAUUACAUCGUGGUCAAUGUCUCUGGUCAAGUAUCAGGUCUAUACUCGCAACCAAUUGGACCAAUCCUCAAAUCAAUCACAUCAGCUGAUGCAGAAGGUGGUGAAAUCAAGAUUGGUGGUCUCUAUCUUAAUAAUAUAACUGCAACUGGAUCAUCCAUUCCAAUCAUAGUCACAUUCCCAAACAAUGCCCAAUGUACCAAUGUCGUAAAGAUUGCCGAUGACCAAGAUAUGGGUUAUAUCACUUGUCAAGCUCCACCAGGCAAUGGAAUUAAUAUUCAAGUUUCUGUUCAAGUCGGUUCAUUAAUUGACACUAUCAACUUUGCCUAUGGUGCACCUGUCAUCUUUUCGGUCGUCGUCGCCAAUGAUAAUUCAGCUGCAUCUAUUGUUGGAAAGAACUUUGGAGUAUCACAAGCAGGUGUAUCAAUUUUCUUUGCUGAUUUACAAAUCCAAAACUUUGUCUAUGUCAACAGUACAUUCCUAGUGGUGCCUUUAAUCUCAUCGUUGAGAAAUGCACCAAUCACUGUCAAGCUUGCUGAUGGUCGUAUUUCAAAUCCAGUACCAUAUGCAUUCAAGCCACUCAUCACUCAAGUUUCAAAGCCAGUUAAAACAACAGGUGACCAAUUGACUAUUGUUGGAUCGUAUUUAUAUCCAACAAGAUUGGAUGGAUCACCAACCAAUGUCACAGUAGUCAUUGAUCAAAAUCAACAAUGUACCAAUGCUCUCGCCUAUGGAGCAUCAGUUAUUUGUACUUCACCUCAAGGUUCUGGUGUCAAUCAUAAUGUCAUUGUCUAUAUCGAUGAUGCUCAAUCACCAUCAACAGUCCAAUUCUCAUAUAUUGCACCUUUAAUCAGCAAUAUUGCUCAACAAGGUAAUAGUGACCUUAUAAUGAUCACAGGUACCAAUCUUGGAGUUGAUAUUGCAAAGAUUACAAUCAACAAUCAAAUCAUUGCAACAACAUUGGUAAACCCAACAACUUUGUCUGCUAAAUUGACAGGUCCAUCAAAGAAUGGAGAUAUUAUAGUCAAUGUAGAUGGUCAAGAUAGUAAUACUCAACCACUUAAAAUCAAGGCAUUGGUUAACUCUAUCACAUCAACCUCACCAUAUGGAGGUGUUGUUGAAUUAGUUGGUAAAUACCUUUGGACUACAAGAUUAGAUUCAACUCCAACUAUCAUUUCAAUUGAUAUUGGAGGAGCUGAAUGUACAUCACCAGUUGCCAAUGGAAGUGAUGGAACCAAGUUGAAAUGUACUCUUGGUGAUGCAAGUCAAUUUGAAUCUGAUAUUGAAAUAUCAAUUGAUUCUGUCUAUGCGUACACAACAACCUAUUACACAAGUAAUCCACCAGUUCUCUCAUCGAUUUCAUCUUCAUUCUACCUCGUAUCAAGUGUCGUCACCAUCGUUGGUAAUGAAUUCUAUCCACCAUCUGAUGUUACCAUUGGAGGUAGUCAAUGUGGUAAUGCUGUAGUUGUCGAUGCACAACAUAUUACUUGUACAUUUGAUAGUAAUGUCGGUGACAAUGCCACUUCAACUUUGGAUGUCACUAUUAUUUCUGCAAAUUCAGAUGAAAUUACCUUUGCAGGAGUAUUCAAAUAUACAUUGUUACAAUGUUUGAACUCAUGUUCAUCACAUGGAACCUGUGUCAGCUCUGGACAAUGUCAAUGCAACAAUGGAUACAGUGGAGCUGAUUGUUCAAUCACAUACAGUCAAUCAUUGGUGUCGGGUGACUCUGGAUCAGUGUCAGGAGGUAAAUUCACAAUGUUUAACAACUCUAUAGAAUUCCUACUCUCACACAUUCAAGAAGUUCGUCAAGACAAUACUAUCGUUCAAACUAUUCCACUCACCAAAUGGGACGUAUAUGAUGAGUACGGUAAUACAACCGUUUACAACUCAACAUCAACCACACACAACAUUGAACUCUAUGUCACCAAACAUUCAACAGCAUCUGUUCAAUCAUACCUUGGUGAUGAUCUUGUUAUUCCAUCCAACUCUAUCAAACACUUUAUGACUAUUGAUCGUUUUACAUUUGAAUCAACCAACUCAUCACUUCGAAUUAUCUACCAAUUCAAAUCACCAUCACAAAUUGAAUACAACUGCGACAAUGAAACCACCAAAUAUCAAUACGAUACAUCAUCAACAACAACCAUCAAAUCAUAUAGCAUUGACACACCAGUCGGUACAAUGAUGGCAUCAUUCAGCAACCGUGCCAAUAUCGAUGACACCAACACAAUUGUAACAUCAAUCCAAGCAAUCACAUCAGUCGAUUCAACAACACAAUCAACAGCAGGUAUCCAAUACAUUGGCAUACAAGUUCCAUCAUUUGGAGAUUUUGUUGAAAUCGAUCCAAUAUUCUCAGCCACAUCAAAGACUGCACCAUCAACCGAUGCCUGUGUAUCUUCUUCAUCAGCCACCACACCAAUCCUCUUAUUUGUAGUAUCGCUCAUAUUAUUAUCUAUUUUCUAA